CGACGAUACAAUGUGGCGGCGGCUGUGUCCUCGAGCAGAGCUAUCCUUUGAAGUCACGUUGAGCUGUGGCCAGAGUUUUGCGUGGAAGAUCAUGCCUGACAAGCAAUGGAUCGGUGUGAUCGGGCGCAACGUGGUUGCGCUACGGGAUUGCGACGCGACAGACUCUGUGUUGUACAAGCUUGUGCACCCGAAAGAAGUGACCGACUUGAUUGAUGCCCGUGUGCGAGACUACUUUCGGACGGAGGUACACAACAGUGUCACACACCACCAUCAUGUGAGCUCACCAGUAUGCCAGAACAACCUCGCACAGCUCUAUGACGCAUGGAAGAAGCCAAACGACAAGCACACCGCGGCGUUCGUUGCCCUUCCUGGCCUCCGCACUCUGCGCCAGGACCCCGUGGAGUGUCUCUUUUCGUUCAUUUGUUCGUCCAACAACAACAUUGCGCGGAUCCAACAGCUCGUGGACAAGCUGCGUGUGAAUUAUGGCGAUAAACUAGCCGCCAUCGACGACAUGACCUGGUUCGCAUUUCCGACUGUGGACCAACUCGCCUCGAUUGACGAAAGCCAACUGCGGGAGCUCGGAUUUGGAUAUCGCGCCCAGUAUAUUGUCAAAUCCGCUGCGAUUUUAUCUGACCUGGGUGGUGAAGAGUACCUGUUGUCACUGCGGGCAAAUCCUGAUGCUGCACAUGUGCAAACUGCACUAACACAGUUCAGUGGGGUGGGCCGAAAGGUGGCCGACUGCGUUGCGUUGUUUUCGCUCGACAAGCUGGAGGCCAUCCCAGUGGACACCCAUGUGUGGCAGAUCUCAUGUCGUGAUUUUCAGUUCAAGAAGGCCGCCACCAAGAGCUUAACGCCGACCAUCUAUGCAGAAGUCGGCAAAUUGUACCAGAAUCGAUUCCAGCCCUACGCGGGGUGGGCCCACAGCAUUCUGUUCGCUGCCGAUUUGACCAAAUUCAAAGCGAUCCUGAGCCCAAGUCCUGGAAAGAAGAAACGCAAGACGAUGACGCGUACCCUGCCACCUAUCCCAGUCGAAUCACCGGCAGCGACGGAGCAAGUGCACCACGCGAACGGUCGCAAGAUGCGAUCGUCCAAGAAAUGA